AUGCGGACGAAAAGCUUCGUUGCGAAGCUGGCACCUACAUCUGGCUUCAGCAAAACUGUCCAUCCGUCCCGAUUCCUCGCUUAUAUGGGUUCGGACUCUCGACAGUUUACCGCCAUCGAGCACCUACCUCUCCAUCUCCGGCUCGCACACCAUUUCUAUCGCCGACUGCUUAACUGGCUGAAAUUCCCCGUCCCGUCGAGAUACAUUCGCCAUGGAGGAGCAAGCUUUGACUCCUUGGGCUCCGGCUAUCUUCUGAUCGAUUAUAUAGAAAAAACUGAGGGACAAAUGCUGUCAUGCACAUGGAACGAGAGGUAUCAAGAGAAAGGGCUGCGCAGGAAUCUCUUUCAAAGCCUGUCCCGGAUCCUGUUGAACAUCGCUCAAGUGCCACUUCCGCGCAUUGGUUCCUUCACCGUGGACAAUAACGGAUUCUUACAUUUGGCUAACAGGCCACUGUCGCUGGUAAUCCAUCAGCUGGAGAAUGAGCAGAUCCCAGUGGAUAUUCCUCGUCAUCUAACCUACACUUCCGUGGACUCUUAUGUGAUAGAUACGCUGAAUUGUUUACACGAUAGUCGGUUACGCCAUCAGCCAAACGGCGUUAGUGACACUGGAGACUGCAUCUACCAGAUGUCGGCUUUGGCCGCCAUGAAAGCUACCUCAUCACUCUUUCUACGACGUGACCUCCGCUACGGACCUUUUGUUUUCAGCCUGACCGACCUACAUCAGAGUAACAUUUUUGUUGACGAAAACUGGAAUAUUACAUGUCUAAUUGAUCUUGAAUGGGCUUUCUCCUGUCCUGUUGAGAUGAUCCACCCUCCCCGCUGGCUAGCGAAUCAGGCAAUCGACCAGAUGGACGAGAAGAUAUACGACCCCGUUCGUCGCGAGUUCCUAGAUGUUUUGGAGGAAACCGAGCAGGAGCUUUCCAUUCAACCUCGAGACAGACUUUCCGUUGUCAUGAAACAAGCAUGGGAGAUGGGGACUUUCUGGUACACUUUGGCUCUUCGCAGUCCAAUGGGACUUGUUCGAGUGUUCUACGACCACAUCCAGCCGAUACUCGCUAACGGGCACGAAGAGAACGAUGAGUUUUACACAAUUAUGAUGGAAUAUUGGACCAUCGAGACGAGUACAUUCAUUAAUAAGAAACUAGGAGAUAAGGAGGACUAUGAUAGGCAGCUCCGCCAGGCAUUUGAGGACAAACUGGAACAUCCCCGUUGA